GCAGGGAUUUAAACCGCGCUCCUUCGUAGCCCAACUAUUCCACACAGCAAACGUCCUGAUUUGGGUUAGGUCCUAUACUUAAUAUAGCUACACACUGAGGAUUUUGAUUUGAUUUAAGAUAGGAAUAUUUGAAGGUACUUUGGACCCAACUAAAAUUGUUUUGGGCAUUCUCAGAAAUUUGCAGUCUGAACUACUUUGGUGUCUGGAAGCUGCGUCUUCUCCAUUCAAACAGAACCUCACGGAUUACGUUUACCAACCCCAGCCCAGCCAUGGUUCUGGUCGAGGACACCGAAUGUCCCGUGUGCUUCCUAGCCUACUCCCGGACGGAGAGAAUCCCCCGGAUGCUUCACUGCCAGCACACUUUCUGCGUGCCCUGCCUCCAAGCCCUCACACGGCUGGCGGGCUGCAUACUGACGGUCUGCUGCCCGCUGUGUCGCUGGAUUACGUGCGCACCGGCCAGUCUCACCUUGUCCGGGUCGCUGUGGGUGAACACCAGCAUCUGGGACCUGCUGGCACAAAGAGGGGAGGACGCUGAGAAGCUGUGUAAAUGGCCUGGAGUUGAAGUAACACAGACUUCUCCGUCUAAACGGAAGACUGGGUGGAGGACCAAGGUGCGUAGGUUCCUAAAGAAUAUGCAGGACAUUCCACACCAUUGAUUUUGCUUGAUCGAACCUGAGUUGAGCUGGACUGAUUUGCAUAUUUGAAUUCAGCAAGUGACAGCACGCUGGAGGACACAUCCAGUCGAGCAGGCUGCAGGAAGGCUGAUGACUUGACAAAUGAAAAUGUCCAACUUUACUAAAGCAGCAUGAUACAUGAUGUAACCUAGCCUAUAUAUAUGCAAAAUUCCUUACUGAAACUGAACUGGGAUUAACGCCAAUUACUGGCUCAAGUGGAUAGAAGUGUAUUUAGUAUAGAGUUGGGCCAAUUAUUUAUUUAUACUUUGUUUUAGUUUUUUACAUUUAUUAAAUGUGUGUUUUAAAUAGUGCAUGUUUAUGAGCACUCCAUAUUAAGACUGUGAAAAUGCAGUGUUCUGUGAAUACUCAUGAGGCAUAUUGGCCACUAAUCUGUUGUUCUUGUUCAAAUUACCAAUUAAAACGUAUAAAUUAACGCUUUUUUUAAACUGG